CAAGGCAUUAUCCAAACACUCACACGCACAAACACUCUCUCUCUCUCUCUCUCUCUCUCUCUCUCUCUCUCUCUCUCUCUCGUACACACACACACAUAUAGUUUCUCGCCCUCGCUCUCUCUCUCUCUCUCUCCCUCUCACACACAAACACACACACACACACGCACACACACACACACACAGUCUCUGCUGCCAGAGCUCCACUUACAGCUCAAGCCUCUCAAAUCUGUUUUUCUUGUUGAGAUCAGCACACGGUUUAACGCCACACAGCUGCAACUGGAGAGAGGAGAGAGAAGAGAGGAGAAGAGGAGAAGAGGAGCAAGAACCUGUGUUUUGAACUUCUCCCGGAGGUUUUGGAGUUUGUCCUCAGGACCAUUCAAAGAAAAGGAGGGUCUGAGUUCACGUGACAUAAUCAUAGUGAAUGGGUUGCCAUGUUAACUGACACGGGUAGCCUGACCCGGGAAAACUGGAUGUUGAAUAGAGGAAGAGCCUCGGUGGUAGAAAGCAACCGAAAGUAACGUGAACUCAGCGGGAGGAGAGUGAGGGAACAAGAGAGGAGGGAGUGGAGGAGCACGGUGGAAGUCCAGAAUGGAGGACGGGUUCUCCAGCUACAGCAGCCUCUAUGACACCUCUUCGCUGCUGCAGUUCUGUAACGAUGACAGUGCGUCAGCAGCCAGCAGCAUGGAGGUGACGGACCGCAUCGCCUCCCUGGAGCAGCGUGUCCAGAUGCAGGAGGACGAGAUCCAGCUGCUCAAGUCAGCGCUGGCCGACGUGGUGCGCCGCCUCAGCAUCUCUGAGGAGCAAAACGCCAUGACCAAUAGGAGGGGGCCCACCAAAGCUGUAGACCCAGCUGUGAUGAAAAGAUCCCCCUCAUCAGAAAGCAAUGUUGGAAAGCCAGCCAGACCCAUGAUGGCUGCCCUCCCUCUAAGGCCCAUGGUCAACAACGGCACUGUCCUACCAAAGAAAAGUGGCGGCACGCUACCGUCCCUCUCCAGCUCCAGGAAGGAUGCUGCUGCAACAGCAACCAAGAGCACUGUGAGGAGAACCAACUCCAACGAAACGAUGAGCACGCUGACGCGCAAAGACAGCGGAGACUCCAAGAGCAACCGCACCCGUGCCGGCUCCACCGGAAGCAACUCCAGCAGCAAGAGAGCCAGCGAAAGCAAACUGAAGGAGCCCGUUUUCAAUACAGGGAUGCGACGAGUGACACACUGCAAAGAGGAAGGAUAUGUGAAAAUGUAUUUGAAGGGACGGCCCAUCACCAUGUACAUGGCUAAAGACCUUGUUGAGACCUACUGCCUGGAAGCCAAAUCGGACCUGCCAAACAAGAAGCUCAAGCUGGACUGGGUUUAUGGGUACAGGGGGCGUGACUGUCGCUCUAACCUGUACCUGUUACCCACGGGAGAGACGGUGUACUUCAUUGCUUCUGUGGUGGUUCUCUACAACGUGGACGAGCAGCUCCAGAGGCACUACACCGGCCACACGGACGACAUCAAGUGCCUGGCUGUCCAUCCUGAUAAAAUCACCAUAGCAACGGGACAGGUGGCAGGCACCUCUUCCGAUGGCAAACAGUUGGCUCCUCAUGUGCGGGUUUGGGACUCAGUGAGUCUCAACACCCUCCACGUUCUGGGAACAGGCUUCUUUGACCGCGCCCUGGUUUGCCUCGCCUUCUCAAAAUCGAACGGAGGCAACACACUGUGUGUAGUAGACGACUCCAACGACCAUGUACUCUCCGUGUGGGACUGGCAGAGAGAGGAGAGACUGGCUGACGUCAAGUGUUCCAACGAGGGAGUGUUCGCUGCCGACUUCCACCCCACCGACACCAACAUCAUAGUCACGUGUGGGAAGUCCCACCUCUACUUCUGGACUCUGGAAAGGGGCACCCUUGUCAAGAAGCAAGGCUUGUUUGAGAAACAAGAGAAGCCCAAGUUCGUCUUGAGUGUGACUUUUUCAGAAAAUGGAGACACCAUAACUGGAGACUCAAGUGGAAAUAUACUGGUGUGGGGGAAAGGCACUAAUCGAAUUAGCCACGCCAUUCAGGGCGCACACAAUGGAAGCAUCUUUGCGCUGUGUAUGUUGAGGAGUGGCACACUGGUGUCAGGGGGAAAAGAUCGGAAACUCAUCUCUUGGGAUGGGAGCUACCAGCAGAUACAAUCGGUUGAGGUUCCUGAAUUAUUUGGUCCUGUCCGGACUGUUGCCGAGGGCAAAGGGGAGAGUGUACUUAUUGGGACCACCAGGAACUAUGUUCUACAAGGCAGUUUAUAUGGCGAAUUUACCCCCAUCACUCAAGGUCACACAGAUGAGCUGUGGGGGUUGGCCGUGCACCCCUGGAAGCCCCACUUCCUCACCUGUGGUCACGACAAGCACGUCAGCCUGUGGGACUCCUCCUCACAUCAGCCUGUCUGGACCAAGACUAUGGAGGACGCGGCCCAGUCUGCUGGAUUCCAUCCCUCUGGAGCAGUGGUUGCUAUAGGAACGCAGACCGGCAGGUGGCUGGUGCUGGAUACCGACUCUAAGGAUCUAGUCACAGUGCACACAGAUGGGAAUGAACAGCUGUCUGUUGUCCGCUUUGCACCGGAUGGUAAUUUCCUGGCGAUCGGCUCUCACGAUAACUACAUCUAUAUCUACGUAGUGGGGGAGAGUGGCAGGAAGUACAGCAGAUUGGGAAAGUGCUCGGGUCACUCCAGCUUCAUCACCCAUCUAGACUGGUCAGUGGACUCUCAGUACCUGGUGUCCAACUCAGGAGACUAUGAGAUACUCUAUUGGAUCCCGUCUGUGUGUAAACAGGUGGUGAGUGUGGAGACCACGCGGGACAUCCCCUGGGCCACCUCCACCUGCACCCUGGGCUUCCAAGUCUUUGGGUUAUGGCCUGAUGGCUCUGACGGGACUGACAUCAACGCAGUCUCCAGAUCUAAUGAGAAGCAGCUGCUUGUCACAGGAGACGACUUUGGAAAAGUCUGCCUUUUCUCAUACCCCUGCUGUCAAUUUCGGGCUCCCAGUCAUGUCUAUGGUGGACACAGCAGUCAUGUGACCAAUGUGAACUUCCUGUUUGACGACAGUUGCCUGGUUUCCACCGGGGGCAAGGACAUGAGUGUCAUGCAGUGGCGAAUAGUGUGAGGCAGACAUGUUGGGGCAACAGACAUGCAGUUUCUUUAUGGAUCUGGGAAGGGUGGGGAAGGGAAGGGAUGCAGCCCCAGAGGCUUUCCUGUAAUGAGCUUAUUGGAGUAGGAGGAAGUUGCCCCUUGACCCGCCCCUAGUUUGGCAUUUCCCCCAUUAAUAGUUUAGGAUAGGAUUUGGGCAGGACAAGCUGAUCCUAGGUUAGUUCAUAGGAUUGGAUUGUUGGAGGGCGGGGCGGGUCAUGGAUGUGUUGGGGGGCGAAGAUCAUCGCAACAAAAGGAAGAUACAACAGGCAGUACCUAAUGUUUUGUUUUUUAUCGUUCCGUCUUUCUCCUUUGCUUUGUAUAUUUCACAGCUCAGGAAACCAAUAGAAAAGUAGGAGUUCAAUGUCUUCCCUAUGUCAUUAUGGUAGCCUCUCUGGCCUACUACAGAUACCACUCCGCCUUGGAAAGACAAAGAAAGAUUUCUACUGAUGAUGGGCAUUUGGUCUAUACAGAAAGCACAUACAUAUGGUUCAAACUGAUGCUGAUAGAGUAAAAUAACAAAUACUCCUAUGAUUACACAAUAUUUCAUCAUGUGAUGUGUAUUUUACAAUGAAUGCAGCAGGUUUACCACAGGCAGUUGGUUACUAGGCCAAGUGUGCAAUGGAUAGACGAAUUCUGAGACGACAUAGAAAUAUGACGAUGUUAAACUCUCUACUGCCAUCGUCUGGCUUCCUGAGGUAUUGCAACGACUUCAUUACUCUGCAAACUGUAAUAUGGUAAAGUAUCCCACCGGCAUUUCAAAGAGCCCUUUAAAAACAAAUACAUAAAUAUUUCAAUGAAUAAUCAAUUAUUAUUUACACCUGUUGAAAAGCAUCAUUUUUGGAGGAUAUUCUGUGCUUGACAGAGCUGAAGUUGAACUCUGUGUCAAGAGGCUGGUGGGAGGAGCUAUAGGAGCACAGAAACAUUGUAAUGGCUGGAAUAGAGUUGAUAGAAUGGAGUCUAAUGAGGAUUCCAUGUUUGUGGUUUCGAUAUGUUUUUGAUACCAUUCCAUUAAUUCUAUUCCAGUCUUUACAUUGGGCCUGGCCUCCUAUAGCUCCUCCCACCAGCCUCCUCUGUUUCAAACCUAUUUGGACUGCACUGUUAUAUAUUGUCUGCUGCCGAGGUCACUUCCUUCCUGAGUCUCCCUUCUCUUCCUGUCUCAAACUAGAUCUGUAAAUAAAAGGUUUGUACUAAUCAGACCAUUGCACUGUAAUUGUUUCCUCUGCAAUACCCUUGUCACACUAUACUGCCGAACCAAACCGUACCGGGCUGGCUUGAUAUGAUCUUUUCACUUGGUCCUUUUCAGCAUGGCUCCCACAACUAUGGUGGGAGUGUAACCAGGCUAGCUCAGUACAGCACGGUUCGGCUUGGUAAUGCUACCGUACGUUCUGCCACCUGCAAGGAAUCACUACUCCAAAGCUUAUUAAAAAGGUCGACUCUGUGAUAUUUACAGCUGUUUUUAAUCACUCCAAGGCUUAAAGGAGAGCUAUCUCUCUUAAACCUGUGACUUAGCUACCAUACUGACCUUGACUCCUGCUUCUUGUUAACUUGGAAUAUUCAUGAACAAAACAUGUCAUGCAUAUUGAAAUCUUUCUCACACCCGGGCAAAAGUAAUCACACCAAGAGUGAUCUGUACCACACUGGUAAUGUCUGGACUGAACUGGUCCUUCAUCUGGGGUUUGUUUUCUAGUAAUACAAAGUCAUUUUAAAAAAGUUUCCAGGACAUGCAUGACAUUGGUUAUACCUGGGCUGCAUUCAGCAGGGCUCAAUAUUGUGGAACGUUCAGAGAGAAAUAUACUAUGUAGAGAACAAUCAGACCUUUCUGACUGGUAGGAUAAAGAAUCACAUCAGCACUAUUCAUUACAUUUCUAUCAGCAACAUUCUGAAACGUUUGCCUCCUGAAUGUAGCCCUGUUUUUUCAGCACUAAACAUAAUGAUUGGAUAUAUGCAGAUGUUUGACAUGUGACCAUAACAAUGUAACCAUGAUGGAAUCAUUUUCUAAUAAAAAAUUAUUAAAACAAUAA